UCCCGUGGCUUUUAAUUCCCUCACUAUUUUUUUUUUUAACCCUCCUUCGAUGUGCCCCGUUAUUACCAUUUGUCUGAGGCGUUCAUUUCCGCACCUGCCACGGUAGAGACCAGGCGAAGGCGAAGUAGAGGAGGAGACAAGGACAUUGCGAGAGCCGGGAGAGGCAGACGGUAGAGAUAGCAGCGGCGACUCGUUUGAGAUCUUAAAGGACAAAAAUGCUGCUCUGGACCAGAAUCGUAUUGGUCGGUCUCGUCUGCUUGUCCCUGGUGUCCUCUGGGAUGGGAUGCGGACCGGGCAGGGGCUACGGCAGGAGAAGACACCCGAAGAAGCUGACACCUCUUGCGUACAAGCAGUUCAUCCCCAACGUGGCGGAGAAGACCCUCGGGGCAAGCGGCAGAUACGAAGGCAAGAUCACAAGAAACUCCGAGCGAUUUAAAGAACUGACUCCCAAUUAUAACACAGACAUCAUAUUCAAGGAUGAGGAGAACACCGGUGCCGACAGGCUAAUGACUCAGAGAUGCAAAGACAAGCUGAACUCGCUGGCCAUUUCAGUGAUGAACCAGUGGCCCGGGGUAAAGCUGCGGGUCACUGAGGGCUGGGACGAGGACGGGCACCACUUUGAGGAGUCCCUUCACUACGAGGGCAGGGCCGUGGACAUCACCACCUCAGACAGAGACAAGAGCAAAUACGGCACUCUGUCCAGGCUGGCGGUGGAAGCCGGAUUCGACUGGGUCUAUUAUGAAUCCAAAGCCCACAUUCACUGCUCUGUGAAAGCAGAAAACUCAGUGGCAGCAAAAUCAGGUGGCUGCUUCCCAGGUUCCUCCGCUGUCAGCCUCCAGGAUGGUACCAAGAAGGCGGUCAAAGACCUCCAAACCGGCGACAAGGUGCUGGCAGCAGACGAGGAUGGAAACCCGAUUUACACCGACUUCAUUAUGUUCAUAGACCAGGACUCGACGACCCGGAGGCUCUUCUACGUGAUCGAAACCGACUCGGGCCAGAAAAUCACCCUCACCGCCGCGCACCUCCUCUUCGUCGGCCACAGCAACUACACGGAGAAGGCGGACAAGCGGAUGUCGGCGAUCUUCGCCAGCCAGGUCCAGCCUGGACAAGAGGUGUUCGUCUUUGACGCCGAGCGAAGUCGAUUCCAGCCUGUGACAGUAAAACGGAUUUACACGCAAGAGCACGAUGGCUCCUUUGCGCCGGUGACCGUGCAGGGGACCGUUGUGGUGGACCGGGUCCUUGCGUCUUGUUACGCAGUCAUCGAAGACCACGACCUGGCGCACUGGGCCCUGGCACCUGUCAGGCUCGCCCAUUGGGUGUCCUCGUUGCUUUUCAGUUCCCAGCCUCAAGUCAGUGCACAGAACGACGGAGUGCACUGGUACUCCAAGAUCCUUUAUCAAUUAGGAACAUGGCUCUUGGACAGCCACUCGAUCCAUCCACUUGGGAUGUCAGUAUACCCGAGUUGAAACCUCUACUACAGGAGAAGAAUGGGACUUAAAUGUAGGACACACGAACUAUUCCGUAGAUUAAAAAAAAUAAAAUAAUAAUAAUAAUAAUUAAAAAAACGAACAAACAAACAAGACAAAAGGCCCCAGUGGAGUUGGGAUAUUUAUUUCAGUGACUUUUCCAAGAUGUGUCCCCUUUC